AUGUGGCGACGAGUCACGAUGUCGAAAUUAGUGGUGACAAUUUUAGUUUUUGCGCUCAUUCAUAGUCAUCGAAAUGACGUUGAAGCUAAAGAUUCCAACGGAUCUCGACUGCUGAACGAACCCGCGAUUUCACUCUCUCCAACAACCCCAAAACCACUGAUUCUACAGAAAAAUGAAACUCAUCUCAACUCGACAAGAAAAUCCCGAUUUUUGCCGACCCUGUCCUUCCUGACUGGCCUGGGUCUGGGGAGUAUCGCUGGGACAGUAGCACUCGACCCCAGCUUCAUCCCCGCGGGGAACUACAGCUUUAUCUCAAAAUUAAUAACAACUACAAAAGCUCCUCCAACAGAUUUGGAUCUCAAUUUCGGUUCGUCCGAACUUUUUCCUCUCGCGAACAUUCCACCGUCCAACAUUUACAACCCGAAUUAUCCUUAUAUCCUCGCGCUGUCCACCAAUGCCCUUUUGAAUAAGACACUGAGGUCUGUGCAAGAAACGCUUCAGAAGCUCAAUGCGCAGUUGAAGGGAAAGGAAACCGUAAAUGAAGAGCAGGUCGCUCAGUCCUCGGACGAGGUGGAUCAGGUUGAGGAGGAGGAGUCGAAUGAUGUAAGCGUUUACAGAGACAAGGAUGAUUAUGUAGUGGUUAAUCGCACUACCCUGAAGGACAUCGUCAAGGCCUCCAUUGCUGAGCAAAUUGAAAGUGGCAAUCAAAUUCUUCUGAAGCAAGCGAGACCACCUCGACUUCCAUUCACUACUGUGAAUCCCACCACUGAAAGUAUUACCGAAGAUGAAACCACCCUUACCACCGAGGAUACCAACAACAUGAUCACCACACAAAUCCCAUCAUCAACUUGGCAACCAUAUAAUGGAUGGUACUAUGGAGGGCAAUCACAGAACAUCUCCGGAGUUGACAUAACGUCGGGAACCUACGGUCCCCCCAUCCAACCAGUCUAUCCUGUUUAUCCUCCCCAUUCUGAAGUUUAUCCAGCUUCACCUCCGGUUUUCGAACCUGCCCCAUUCUACCAGGACCAUCAUCCUGAGUAUUACGAGACUUACCCUGGCUCUGUCGGUGGAUUGAAUGGCAUCAGUGAUUCCUAUCCUUAUUAUGAUCAUUUUGCUAGGGGUAGAAAAUUUUCCUCAAGGGGGAGUAAAGAUUUGGGGGGUUUCGUGCCUCUGAAAAAAAUCUAG